AUGACGGAGCACAACAGCGCAGUGGAUCCAAGAAUCCCGGUGCUGAAGGGCGAGACCCUCAAGGAUUUCACGAGGUACAAGCGCGCCGUGCAGGCGGCGGAGCUGAGCUGCGAGACGGAGGAUCAACUACAGGCGCUCGGCCCCAAGCUGUAUAGGAACCUGCUCGGCGCGGACAACAGCAUCAGCGUGCUCAUCGAGCAGACGGACCCCAAGGACUACGCGAAGAAGGAGGGGGCCCGAGCGCUGCUGGCAUACCUGGAGGCACAGCGCUUCGCCAAGAGCAGUUUUCGGGAGCUGCCGAAGGCAUUCGACGCCUUCUUCGAUCAGACGCACUUCGAGCGGAAAGGCGAGGAACCCAUGGCGGCGUUCUGCACGGCCAUGGAGGUUGCCAAGCGUAACCUAGAGGAGGUGGACCCGGACACGAAGAUAAGCAGCAACGAGCUAGGGUACCACACUCUGAAGCGAAGCGGCCUCGACAAGGACGAGCGCAAUCUGGUGAUUGCACGGGCGGAGGAGACGUUUAACUUCCAGAAGAUCAGCAUGACGCUGAAGAACCUCUUCCCACGCGGCAGCGCGAAGCAUCGGGGACAAGUCAGAUCGGGCUGGAGAUGGACGAUGAACACCGAAGAAGAGCCACCCGACGAAGAGGAUCCAGGAGAAUACUGGGUACAGGAUGAUGACGGAUACUGGUAUGAAUGGGACGACGAGCGUGGAAUCCACGUGUGUACGGACGAGGGUGACGACAACGGCUGGGACUGCAGCGACCUGUUCUUCAUCGAGGACGACGCGGACACGUUCCUGGCUGACGAGGACGACGACUACCGCAGGGCCCUCGUCACCCUGCGCGAGAGCCGCCUGAAGAUGAACAAGCUUCGGGCUGCUCGCGGGUUCUUCAAGGGGAGAAUCGACGGAGUCGUGGACGAGAGCGCGGCUGCUGGUGGCAAGGCGGCCGGAAGAAGUUACUCCAAAGGCAACCCUGGCAAAGGAAAGGACAAGGGUAAGUCAAAGGACAAGAGGUGCACCAACUGCGGCCGGAUGGACCACGACACGGCGAACUGUCCAACUGGCGGCUCUACCGGCAAGACGGGCAAGCCCAAGGGCCGCGGCAAGGGACCGAAAGGAGCCCAACGUCCACGACGCUACGGCUUCUGGGCGAUGACGACCUUGGUCUGCGCCGUCCCGGCGUGCGUGAACUUCGUGGGUCAGAUGACCGCCGUGGGCGAGCUGGCCGACAGCGCCGUGGUGCAGACCGCUGAGGACGUCUACGACAUCAUGACGGUGAGCGUGGAUAGCGAUCCGAUCGUGCCGGAGAGGCUCGAGUUGGAGGUGCUGGUCUCGAAGGAGGCCGUGCCGGCGGCCCUGGUGGACAGCGGCGCGUCGGUGGCGGUCGCCGGGCGCGGCUGGCUUGACCGCGUCGCGACCGAGCUCGCGAAGUACGGCCUGAAGCCCAUCAAGGUGGACGCCACGCAGAGGUUCAAGGGGCUCGGCGGUGCCAAGCGCGAAGCCAAGCAGAAGUGGAUCAUCCCCAUCGGCAUUGGGAGGGUCCAUGCUAUCCAGGAGUACUUCGAGAUCCCUGGUGACAUGGUCGGCCUCACGAGCAGGAAGAACCUGGCCGACUGGAAGACGAACCUCUACGUACGCGAGGACGGCCACUGGGCGGACUUCCAGGAGCUGGGGGUCUACGACAAGGAGCUGGUGAAGCUUCCAGGCGGCCACGCGGGUCUCGACAUCUUCGACUACGACCUUGAGUCGUACGAGACGGAGCCGCUCUUCGAGAAGUUCCGCAUCCACCAGGUCGACCCCGAGCCGGAGGUGUUCCUGGUCGCGGAGACGCUGCAGGAGGUCAAGCCGGACUUCCAGCUGAAGGACGACGCCGACGCGUGGGUCGCGGAGGCCUUGAAGAAUGGUAACAAGGGCAUUCUCAAGAAGAGCACGGUCAAGCGGAUCGACAAGCUCAUGAAGGAGUACGAGGUGAUAUUCGACGUGCUGCGUGACAACUCGGAGACCUUCCUCUGGGAGCUGUUUGCGAAGGAGGCUCGCUUUACUAGAGCGGCCUCGAGAGGUGGUCACGCGAAUGCGACCCCUUCAGAUCUGUCGGUUGGUGUGAAUUUCAAUGACCCCAAGGUUUGUUCCGAUUUCCUGUUCAUGAUCAAGAUUUUCAAGCCUUGGAUGGUUUCGGUCGCGUUUCCUUGUACGCCCUUCACGAACAUGCAGGAGUUUCAGCGGGCACAGGGUAUGGGCGACUGGGUCGAUGACAUGGUCGAGGAGUUUACGCCACUGGUCAGCUUCUCGGCGGACGUACUUCGAGUACAGGCUGAAGGAGGACGAAUCGGUAUCGGCGAGAAUCCGUUGACGAGCCGAGCGUGGAACCAAGAAUCGAUGACGGACCUGACGAGCUGGAAAGACGACCGGCCACCAUCCUACGACACGGUCACGCUGCACCAGUGCAUGUACGGGCUCGUGGACGAGAACGGGACACCGAUUCGGAAGGCGACGCGCAUGCUGGUACCAUAUGGGUCGUGUUUUCCUUCCUGGCUGGAACGCAGAUGUGACGGAGGCCACGAACAUGCGGAGACGGUCGGCCGGAGCGCGAUGCUCUCGCGAUCGGCUGCGUGGCCGGAAGAGCUCGGAAAGACCUUGGUCAAAGCCGGGACGCACGAGCUGGCGAUGCGCACGACCUUGAAGGAGCUGCGGAUCUGGAACAACGGGGAGAAGAUUCCGAGCCGACCAACUGUGAAUGGAGUUGCGAGGGCAUUCAAGCUGAGAAAGGAGUUGAUCGACGUGCGCGUGCUGAGGGGCACCGAGGAGAUACCACUACCUCGAGGAGCUGUACGGCGUAUCUACGCGAUGUACUCCAGCGAGGGCUUGCUGGCCGACUACUCGGAUGCCUACGCGGACGACUCGGAUUUCCAGACGAUCGACCUGGCGGAGAGGUAUCCCUCGGACACGGUCGUGGCGAUCUACGUGAAGGAGCCGAAAGUGCAGACGUCCUACCCUGCGACGGUGUUUGCCUAUGGAGCCACGCCGAAGGAGUUCAAGCCAGACGAUCGAGACGCAGACGCAGUACAUCGAGACCUACAUGAAGAGGGGAAAGGCUUCGGGGAUAAGCCCCCGGACAUCACUACGGCCCAGUGGGGCGCUCUUCGGAAGCUCCACUUGAACCUGAGCCAUCCGUCUGCACACGCCCUCAAGCGACGCCUGAAGUCCUACGGGGUGUCAAAGGAGGUGCUCGAAGCAGUGGACAAGUUGGACUGCACCGUGUGCAAGGAGCUGGGCAGGCCGAACACCACGAGGUCAGCCAAUCUGAAGCUCUCGACGGAGUUCAACGAGAACGUGUUCCUAGACGAGGCUGAGGUGAUCCUCUCGGACGGGACGCGGCUGAUGGUCAUGGUUAUCCUGGACGACGCGUCGAGCUUCAGGGUGAUCGUUCCGACCACAGCUGUGCGAUCGAUUACGGGCGAGGAGAGCCUACGGUGCUUCUCGCAAGGUUGGUUGUCGUGGGCAGGCCCUCCGAAGGUGCUCUACUACGACGCGGCGAAGGGCCACAUCACGAAGCGGUUCGCGGAGAUCGGUGACAAGUACAACAUCCUGAUGAGGCCGGUCCCGGCGGAGGCGCCUCAGCUAAAGGGAAGAGUCGAGCGUGCCAUCGACUUCUUCAAGGAUCAUUUCCAGCGCCUGAACCGCGACGUGCAGCUCACGAAGAACGACGAACCAACGGUAUGGACUUCAGUGAUAGCGAGCACGUGCAACAACCACAUACGACGCAACGGCUUCACGCCCUACCAGUACGUGCUGGGGAAGUCGCCCGGCACUCCGACUUCGCUGAUCGAGGCGAUGGAGGGCGACCAGAGGCAGCUGGCGGCACAGAGCGCGGCACUCUUCGAGGACGGGCCCCGGCGGGCCGAACAGAUUCGUGCAGCGGCGAACCGGGCGUUCUUCGAGCUGGACAGCGACGACGCCGUGAGGAGGGCCACUAUCGGCCGAGUCCGACCGCCACGAGGACCAUUUGUGCCGGGCCAGCUGGUGUUCUACUGGCGCGAGGUGAAGCACGUGAAGUCCAAGAGGCUCCAGGGCGAGCUGGGAUGGCGCGGCCCAGCCAUUGUGCUGGCGACGGAGGGCCACACGAGACUGCACCUGAGUUACCGAGGGGUGCCGGUGCUCGUGACGCCCGAGCAGGUGCGGCAUGCAUCACGCGACGAGGCGGAGAUGGUGGAGAACGAGGACCUGGUCAGGAAGCACCUGGAGCUCAACCUGGAGGGCUACCAGAAGUACCACCAUUACCCGGCGACGGGCCGGGACUUCAAGUACACGGACCAGCUUACGACCCAUCUGCACCUGAUGCAGCUGGGCAGGGGCACUCCAUGGACCUGGACGCAGCUGCUGUGCCAGGUAAUCCGCAUCAUGAACCUGAGCGAGCCGAACAGCCAGGACAGCCAGAACCUGCACCACCAAAGGGGUUCAAGAGGCCACUUCCUGAUGACCGGCUGCAAGACAAGGAACGUCUUCGACUACGACGCGAAGCUCUCAAGGUUGCACCUAAAGAAAGGUCGAGAACUACGCAGCAUCCCGGCAGAAUGGAAGGAAGCAUUCGACGCGAGCGACCUGGACGAGUGGCGCAAGUGGAUCCAGUACGACGCCGUGGAAUGGCCGACGGAGGAGGAGCUCGCGGGGGUCGAGAAGACGGACGUCCUGCCGAUGCGGCGCGUCCGGACGGACAAGAACGAGCCGACGAGGGGCAACCUCUCGUACGAGCAGCACCCGCUGAAGGCGAAGUCGAGGAACAUCGUCCCCGCGUACAAGGACAAGCAGCUGCUCGCCGGCGAGUUGCAGACGAACGCGCCCACGCUCACGGACACGGCCACGGCGGUGAUUCUCCAGGAGGCGGCCAGCCAGGAGGGCUGGGCGCUGGAGCAGGGCGACGUCGACUCGGCGUUCCUGAAUGGGAAGUACCUCGACAGCUCACGACGUGUUUAUUUUCGAGCUCCCAAGGGCGGUCUACCGGCAGUCCCGGAGAUGGGCUGGCCAUUCGUGCCCGAGGGAACCAUCCUGAAAGCGAAGAAGGGGAUCUACGGGCUGAACGACGCACCUUUACUGUGGUACGAGGAGCACCGCGACACCAUCCUGUCAUUGCCCGGGGCUUCGAGAUCCAAGCUGUGCCCGGCUCUCUUCAUCUUCCACGACGAGAACGGGAAGCUGAUCGGCCUCAUCGGGACUCACGUGGAUGACGACUUGGUCGCGGGUUCGCCCGAGUUCUUCGCGAAUCAGGUGGCGAUGCUGAGGAAGAUACACUGCUACGGCAAGUGGCAGUCUGCGCGGGCAGGGUUUCACCACUGCGGGCGCUUCCUCAAGCAGAACGACGACGGCACCAUCACGUGCAGCCAGAGGGAGUACACGGAGAGCAUCGGGAGGAUUCCUAUUUCGGCCGAGCGCCGGAGGAACAAGGAAGCGAAGGCCACGGCUGAGGAGAGGGCGUUGCUCCACAGCGGCAACGGCAAGAUCCAGUGGCUGGUGCGCUCUACGCGUGCAGGACCUGACUUCAACAAGCUGGUGAGCGACGCCAAGACAGACCACGUGGACAUCACUUUCCAGAAGAUCAACAUGGACGAUGCGAUCGUGGUGGCCAUCGGGGACUCAAGUCACGGCAACGUGGGCAAGACGAAGACGGCGAGCCAGGCCGGACUGGUCAUCCUACUAGCAGACAACAAGGACAACAAGUUCCUGCGCGGGAUGCCUACCAAGAUCACCCCCAUGCUGUGGCGCUCACACCGCAUUAAACGUGUGGUGCGCAGUACCCUUUCGGCCGAGACGAUGGCAGCUUUGGAGGCGGUCGAGAGUGGCGACAUGCUGAGGCAGCACCUGGUGGAACUACACUACGGACUGGGCUACCGGACCCACAUGGAGGACGUCAAGGCGAUUACAAUGGUGGAGGUCACGGAUUGCAAGUCUCUCUACGACCUGCUGCAGAAGCGCGGCACGGUUCCCUCCGAGAAGCGGCUGCUCAUCGACAUCGAGGCGCUCAGGAACGAUAUCGAGUUCAACAACGUGGUGAGCAAGUGGGUGAACACCAAGCAGAUGCUCGCCGACUGCCUCACCAAGCACGACGUGCGCGCUGGCGACUACAUGAGGUACGUCCUGCAGACGGGCGAGUACCGGCUGACCGAGGACCUCAUGGCGGACCAGGUUAUCCAUAAGCAACGGACGGAGCUCAAGGGACGCAGGGGGGAGUACUACCGCACGAAGUACCCCAAGCGACAGCGACCUGCCGAUCAGCCUUUCGUGCACGAGGGCUACACGUACUUCGAGGACUGCAUCGCAGACGUGAGGUACAACGCGAAGGUCGUCCAACCUGCUCCGAAGCCAUACCUACGUUGGCGGAUGAUGCUGGGCCAGCGCGAGAACGAUAUCUACUACGAGAAGCUCGAGGAGAUGGUCGACUGGUCCGGCUUGGACCAGGUGGUGAAGCGUCGGACGAUCCCGACGCACGUGCGUAAGUUGCUGACGGUCUACGCACCGACCAAGGGGGCCCUCGAGCGCUACGAGAAGGACUUUGCAGAGAAGCACACCAUCAAGAAGCCAGAUGCGACUGAGGAUCCAGAGGACAAGAAGGAGUUGAAUGUCACAUCGGAGAUGGAGAUGUUUGUGGAGUCAGACGUGAAUGCCAAGCUGGAUUGCACCGACGACACGAAGGAGAUCUACAUGAUGGACGCGACGGGGGCCGACGCUGAGGAGAUCAGAGCAAGCCCACAGGGAGGUGCAGCUGCGGCGUGGACUACCAUGGUAGUGUGUACUGUGUGUCGCAUGACGGUGGACCAGUGCGAGUGCGGACCGAGGACACGGAAGACGCCACACAAGGACAAGGCCGAAGACAAGAAGGUCCCCAGCGACAUAGACGAAGGCAGCUGGCAAGAAGUCCCGAGUGUACGCGCCACAUCGGCGACACCGCCGACGCCAUCUAAGAAGCUUAUGCAGAAGGCAUACCGCCUACACGAGAAGACCGGACACGCUCCCUACGAGAAGAUCGAGAGUGACUUCGGAGACGUGCUGGAGGACGGAGUUCUGGAGGCGUGCCGCAUUGUGAUCGACGAAUGUGCAGUGUGUCGGAAGGCAACCCAGGAAGCUGGCAAAACCAAGUACACCAAGAAGUCAAGUCCUACGAACACGAAGUACAGGACGAAGGACCAAAGCAAGUACAUCGACCCCGACCUGUGCGAGCACCCGACGGACAAGCAAACGAGAGCAGGGACCAACCAGUAUAAGGAGAAGAUUAAGUGCACCGAGUGCGGGACCCUACUCGUGGACCGCGACACGACAUGGUGGAGCGAGGAGAAAGUGCUUCGGGCGCAGGCCAAGGCGGCGAAGGCACAGAUGGAGAGACAG